GCAAUGCUGCACUGAGUAACUAGCAUGGUCAGUGCAGGAGCCAUGAGUGGCUCUGGAAACCUGAUGGACUUCCUCGACGAACCCUUCCCUGAUGUGGGGACCUAUGAAGACUUCCAUACCAUAGACUGGCUUAGGGAAAAGUCCCGGGACACUGACAGACACAGAAAGAUAACCAGCAAAAGCAAGGAGUCGAUCUGGGAGUUCAUCAAGAGUCUGUUGGAUGCCUGGUCAGGAUGGGUGGUGAUGCUGCUUAUUGGGUUGCUGGCAGGCACCUUGGCUGGGGUCAUCGAUCUCGCUGUCGACUGGAUGACAGACCUGAAGGAGGGGGUCUGUCUGUCUGCCUUCUGGUACAGCCAUGAGCAGUGCUGCUGGACAUCCAGUGAGACCACUUUUGAGGACAGGGAUAAGUGUCCCCUGUGGCAAAAGUGGUCAGAGCUUCUGGUGAACCAGUCAGAGGGCGCCAGUGCGUACAUUCUGAAUUACUUGAUGUACAUCCUAUGGGCAUUGCUGUUUGCGUUUCUGGCUGUCUCCUUGGUUCGUGUGUUUGCACCAUAUGCCUGUGGCUCUGGUAUACCUGAGAUAAAGACCAUUUUGAGUGGCUUUAUCAUCAGAGGCUACUUAGGGAAGUGGACCCUGCUAAUCAAGACAGUCACUCUCGUGCUGGUUGUGUCCUCUGGUCUAAGCCUUGGGAAGGAAGGGCCACUGGUGCAUGUGGCAUGUUGCUGUGGCAACUUCUUCAGCAGCCUUUUCUCCAAGUACAGCAAGAAUGAGGGCAAGAGGCGUGAGGUGCUUUCAGCUGCAGCUGCUGCUGGUGUCUCUGUGGCCUUUGGUGCGCCCAUUGGAGGUGUGCUCUUCAGUCUAGAGGAGGUCAGUUACUACUUUCCCUUGAAGACCUUGUGGAGGUCAUUUUUCGCAGCCCUGGUGGCAGCCUUCACACUGCGCUCCAUCAACCCCUUUGGGAAUAGUCGCCUGGUUCUCUUUUAUGUGGAAUAUCACACACCCUGGUACAUGGCUGAACUCUUCCCCUUCAUCCUGCUUGGGGUCUUUGGGGGCUUGUGGGGAACCCUCUUCACCCGCUGCAACAUUGCCUGGUGCAGGAGGCGUAAAACUACCAGGCUGGGAAAAUACCCAGUGUUGGAGGUCAUUGUGGUGACAACCAUCACCGCCAUCAUCGCCUAUCCCAAUCCCUACACACGCCAGAGCACCAGCGAGCUCAUUUCAGAACUGUUCAAUGACUGUGGGGCCCUUGAGUCCUCUCAGCUCUGUGACUACAUCAACGACCCCAAUAUGACUCGGCCUGUGGAUGACAUUCCGGACCGGCCAGCUGGGGUUGGGGUUUACACAGCCAUGUGGCAGCUGGCCUUAGCACUGAUCUUCAAAAUAGUCAUUACCAUAUUUACCUUUGGCAUGAAGAUUCCUUCAGGCCUCUUCAUCCCCAGCAUGGCUGUGGGAGCCAUGGCAGGUAGGAUGGUGGGAAUUGGAGUGGAGCAGCUGGCAUACCAUCAUCACGACUGGAUCAUCUUCAGGAACUGGUGCAGACCUGGAGCAGACUGUGUCACACCGGGGCUUUAUGCGAUGGUGGGAGCUGCAGCCUGCCUAGGUGGAGUAACUAGGAUGACAGUGUCUCUGGUGGUCAUCAUGUUUGAAUUGACUGGAGGUCUGGAAUAUAUCGUACCCCUGAUGGCAGCAGCUGUCACCAGCAAGUGGGUGGCUGAUGCCUUUGGGAAAGAAGGCAUUUAUGAAGCACACAUCCAUCUGAAUGGCUACCCAUUUCUUGAUGUGAAGGAUGAGUUCACCCACCGUACCCUGGCCACCGAUGUGAUGCGGCCUCGACGAGGGGAGCCACCAUUGUCGGUAUUAACCCAGGACAGCAUGACUGUGGAGGAUGUGGAGACACUCAUCAAGGAAACAGACUACAAUGGCUUCCCGGUGGUGGUCUCCAGAGACUCCGAGCGCCUCAUUGGCUUUGCCCAGAGGCGUGAACUAAUCCUGGCCAUAAAGAAUGCCAGACAGAGACAAGAGGGCAUCGUGAGCAAUUCUAUCAUGUACUUCACGGAGGAGCCUCCUGAGCUGCCAGCCAACAGCCCACACCCACUGAAGCUGCGGCGCAUCUUGAACCUGAGUCCUUUCACAGUCACGGACCUUACUCCCAUGGAGACAGUGGUGGACAUCUUUCGGAAACUAGGGCUUCGGCAAUGCCUGGUGACACGAAGUGGGAGACUUCUUGGGAUCAUCACGAAAAAGGAUGUUCUGAGACACAUGGCCCAGAUGGCAAACCAAGACCCCGAAUCCAUCAUGUUUAAUUAGCAAUAAGGUGGCAAUUAUUUUUAAAGAUCACUGACUAUAUAAUUUUAAAAGAAAUAAUCAAAUACUACAUUAUGAUCCCAGUGAUAAACCUUGUACUUGGGGCAGCAGAAACGAAUGCCUUGUUUGAGAAGUGAGGAAAGAUGAAACUUUAAAAAAGGCAAAACCAUAAAUACAUAGGCAUGUAUUUAGCCCAUGAUGAGUUACAAACUAUGCUGUUUAGUGAGUCUACUCACUGCUUUGGGGGCAUGUGGGAAGGUACAUAAUGUGAUUUCUAAGAGGACAUGGAACACGAGAAGCUUUGACCCCCUUCACUCAAGGCUGAUGUUUAUAACUUUGGAGUACAUGUGAAGCAUUGAGUUCAGAAGCCAAAGGGGGUAUCAGCAUGCCAUGUCCUUAUUUAUUGGUUCCCGAAGUGUUGCUGCUAUGUUAUGGAAUCAUACUGAAGACAUUGCACUUACUUUGUUGGAAGCAAAAUGGAAGUUAAAGUUAUAUACACUGCAAGCUACAAGCAUACCCCAGUGGGUCUGCUCAUGACCUUCUCAUUUCUUGUUCUUGUUCUUAAGACUGUUCUCUUUCUUUAUCAGUUUCUGAACCAAUAUCAGAGGUGCCCACCACGCUGAGCAUGAAGAAACCAUUUCUCUAUGGAAGACCAGUACGUUGGGACUGAACGUGAACUGUUGAACAUGUGGUGCUGUGUGGAGUUUCCUCUCAUGCAAGGGGACCUGUUCUUAUUUUGAAGGGACAUAUACCUCAUCAUGGAUUUGCAUCCCCAUUGCACCGGCUUUAUUUAUUUAUACUGUUGCUUCUGCAUUCGUAAAUAUUGAUCAGUGUGGAACUUUGUGUGGAUUGUGGCCUAUGUGCUCCGAGUUUGCUGUAGUGUGUUUUAAUUUCCAAGUAGCAUGUGCAAGACUCAAAACCCGUCGCCCAGUGUUUCUACUUAUUUUUCCUCUCAGGUCUUUUGAGGUAUAGCUGUGAUGAGGGUAAGGCAUAUGAGUUCUCAGUGGGAACUCCUCCAAAUGGAUUACAAGAGAAAUACUAAAUUGAUUCUAAAUCUGUUCCAUUCUCUUCUCUGUAGGAUACAACAUGUCUAGUUUUAAUGCGUAAGCAUGUACUUUUAUACUAGCGAUCAUAGCGCAGGACAGAGUUACAUGUUAUACAGCCAAUUUAAGCAUCGGGUAUCUUCGUAUUUGAACUUAAUGACACUUUUGUUGUUUUAGUCAGCACUUCUGUCUUUUUUGCAGGAAAGCAUCAAAGGGUUGUAGGUUCAUUGCAUGGUUUGUGCAAGACUUAUGUCACUUGCUGUUUCAUUUAGUCAUUGUCCUCUUUUAUUGCAUCAUCUUCAUCCUUUUCAAUUUCAUUGUCAUUGGAUAUUGAUGUAUCCAGUUCACGUGCACUUGACUGUAUGUAACAGAUUGACAGUGAGGAUGAGGAAGAAACUUGGGAAAUGGCCAUGCAGAACUGUCUCCAUACUAUCACUAGGGAUCGCCAUUCCUUUGGUAUUUCUUUUUCACCUUCCUUAUCCUCUCUCCUUUGGCUUAUUGCCUCAUAAUUUUAAGAAUGUUGCUGAGCUGCCAGGUAUCAUGUCUUUUUUCUGUGUAGGGAAGGGGAGGAUGAGGCAAGUAAGGAGGUGAAAUGUGUAUAUCAGCAAAGCAAAGCUUUCCUAGAGAUGUUCAGCAUAGAACUACUGGCUGGAAUUUGGUCACAUGCUCCCUUCUCUCAGUUGUGAGUCUGGGAAGGAAAAUGUUUAGUUAGAUACAUUAGUCUUUGAAUGAAAUUUUGAUCCUCUUAAUGAGGAAGGGGAUUGCUUUACGGGAAGGGAAUGUAUCUGUCACAUUAAAUUCCAUCAUCAUGUCCCUGUCGUGUCUUUUUUUAACCUCUCAUCCUUAACAACCUUUCCGAACAUUCUUGUAACCAUUUUGCUUCCUACCCAUUCUCUCUGAUUUGACAUGGAACUAACUCCUAAGCCAACUCCAUCAUUUCUCAACUGUAAUGCAAAUUCAUUUGAAUAAAACCCUAGCAACAAAUGGUUUUUUGUGAAUCCUCCCAUUGUUAUAAGAAAUACAUAUUCUGGAGAUCCAAACAUUUUAAGUCAGAUCAUGCUGAAAGCCGUGGAAAGCUGUAGUUCCAACUGUUUGUUUCUGUGAUGAAAUGUUCCACUCUGAGUUUACACCAAAUAGGUACUUCAGUAUGGAAAUAACCAGAUAAUAUUAGAGAAUUGAAGCUUUGCUCUUAGAAUAAAGUUCACUGUUUCAUUCAUAGCAUGUGAAUGUUAGUAAUAGAUCCUCAUGUUAAAGUUAUUAGGUUUUUGAAUGAAACAUUUGUAACUGAAACUGAGUUCUUUUGCACUGUAAAUCCAGGAGUGAAAGAUUACUUCAUGUGGUUCCCCUCUUUUUUUUGACAGGUGGCUCCCCUCAGAGUUGGCUUGUAAUGGAAAGAGAGUAUUAGUUAUAGCGUGGCCUUCUAGAAUCCACAAGACCCUUUUAGUAAAGCAAAUAGUUCCUAAACUAAUGCAAGAUAGCCAAAAGCCAGUGAAACCCCAGAAUUGCCCUUAAUCCCUAAAAGUGCAUGGAGGAGGACAAGGGAAUGUUUACUCUGAGCCAAAGUUACCAAGGGGAAAUUAGAACAUUGUCUUUCUUCCCAGUGCUUACCACUGAGCUUCCCGAGAGCUCAUGCAAAUAGUUGAAAAUGUGACUGGACUAAAUAAUCCAGCCUUCUUUUCCUUUGCAAGUUGAUCCCCCAAUGUGGGGUUGCGGAUCAAAGCCAUGAUCAGAUAGGCGGUUUAAGGUUAAGGUUGGGGCAUGUGCUCUGGGGACUGGCACAGUGGUCUACUCAAGGAUCCCACUUCAGCUCCGUGGUUCAUUUACCCAGUGCAUAGGCCCCCAGGGGAACAUACUUCCCCACACUGUGUUAUACUUAAGUACCCAGGUAGAGAGACUGCGGUUACUUGUAUCCCAAUAUAGAGCCUCUGUCCACUUUAUUUUUUGAUCUGAUGAGACCUGCAACAUGGAGGCGAAAUAUACAUCUUGCAGCAUAUUCUCUUUUUCCCCCUUUUCCAGAAGCAAAAUCUUCAGGCAUUUGUAAAACUUUCUGGAGUCUUCCUGAAUCCAUUCUUAAUGGUAAAAUCAAACAAAACAGAAACACGGUAGAGAUGUUCUCUAAUGAAGCCUCACACCUGUUUCUUGCAUUCCCUCUCUGCUAAGGAAAUGGGUCAUAGAACACAGAAGGAAGGCUAUCCCAAAAGUGACAUGCGGAUUUAUUCUUGCAGUUUUUCAGUGCAUCCCGAGGGAAUGCAGAUGUUUCUGUGACUUUUAGGGAUAGGCAAUGUGCGAGAAGGAAAUCUUCUAUUCAGCUCUUGCUGUUUUCUAGCAUCAGGCAAUCUCAAAGUGCUCUGUUCAGCACUUCCCAACAGCCUCACCAAGGAGAAGACAUGCAAACAGAUAUAUUUGGAGCCUAGUAAGUCAUGGAGACUGGAAAUUUGAGAACAGUUUGUUUCAUUUAGAUGAGAAUGGAUUGCUUUGAAUUAUGAACAUGUGCAUAUUUGGCUUCAUUUUUUAUUAUCCAGUGCUGUGCUGGAGAAGACAAGAAACUCACAGAGGAGAACGACAGACUCUCCAUGUAAUUGGAACACUCAACCUUAUUUGGAUUUUAGGCAGGCAGUGCUUUAUCAGAUAGCUUCUAACUCUGAAAUGAUUUACGUACGCAAAGAGUGUGUCUAUCUGACUUGGUAAACAUGAACUAGAUCCCCAUUUUCAUCUGCAUGGUAAUAACUGUUUAUUUGCCAUCCUAGGUGUGCUCGGAAUGAGCCUAUGUAUAACUUUUAUGAGAUAUAUUCACAUUUGAAUUUGCAACAACAACAUAACAAUGUGUUGGAUUUUUAAAGAAUUAUAACACUGUGUAAACAUUGGCACCUUAUUAAAAAUUAAAUGUUUGAAA